GAUCUUAUCCGUCAAAGAGUCUCUCUCUCGGAGGCAGAUUUCCCGUUCAUCCCUUUCCGGACUUCUUGUGGUGCUCCAAAAGCCCAACUCCCAACGCUACACUCUCUCCGUUGAUUUCUCCACCGCCAUCGCUCUCCCCCUCUCUCUGAUUCGCAUCUCUCUCUUUGGAACCAUUCCAAACUCGAACGACUGCAGCAGCGGCAGAGCCUGGCAGGAGUUGAGAAUCUUGCAUCGAUCGAUACGAAAUGUCGGGAGGAGAAGAAUUCUUCAUAGGAUCGAUCGAUCAGGGCACGACCAGCACUCGAUUCAUCAUCUACGAUCGCCACGCUCAGCCAAUCGCCUCCCACCAAGUAGAGUUCACCCAAUUCUAUCCCGAAGCCGGAUGGGUGGAGCACGACCCGACGGAGAUCGUGCAGAGCGUGCGGGUGUGCAUGGCGAAGGCCCUCGACAAGGCGACCGCCGCUGGCCACAACGUCGACGCUGGCCUCCGUGCGAUCGGCCUCACCAAUCAGCGGGAGACCACCGUCAUCUGGAGCCGAUCCACCGGCCUCCCCCUCUACAACGCCAUCGUGUGGAUGGACGCCCGCACCAGCACCAUCUGCCACCGCCUCGUCCGCGACCUCCCCGGCGGGCGCGACCACUUCGUCCCCACCUGCGGCCUCCCCAUCAGCACCUAUUUCAGCGCCCUCAAGAUCAUGUGGCUUUUGGAGAACGUGGACGUGGUCAGGGACGCCGUCCGCUCCGGCGACGCCAUGUUCGGCACCAUCGACACCUGGAUGAUUUGGAACCUCACCGGCGGCUGCGGCGCGGUGGACCGUGAGGAGAAUCCGGUGCACGGCCUGCACGUCACCGACUGCUCCAACGCCGCACGGACCAUGCUGAUGGAUCUCCGUACCCUAGACUGGGACCGCCCCACCCUGGACGCCCUGGGAAUCCCCAUCGAAAUCUUGCCCAAGAUCAUCAGCAAUUCGGAGAAGAUCGGCGUGAUCGCCAACGGGUGGCCCCUCGCCGGGAUCCCCUUGGCCGGCUGCCUCGGCGACCAGCACGCCGCUAUGCUGGGCCAGCUGUGCCGGAAAGGCGAGGCCAAGAGCACCUACGGGACCGGCGCGUUCAUCCUGCUCAACACCGGCGACGAGAUCGUCCGCUCGUCGCACGGCCUCGUCACCACCGUCGCCUACAAGCUUGGCCCGGAGGCGCCCACCAGCUACGCCCUGGAAGGCUCGAUCGCCAUCGCCGGCGCGGCGGUCCAGUGGCUGAGGGACGGGAUGGGGAUCAUCCACACCGCUUCGGAGAUCGAGGAUCUGGCAGAGCUGGUGGAGAAUUCUGGCGGCGUGUACUUCGUGCCGGCGUUCAACGGGUUGUUCGCGCCGUGGUGGCGGGACGACGCUCGAGGGGUUUGCAUCGGAAUCACCAGGUUCACCAACAAAGGGCACAUAGCGCGGGCGGUGCUCGAGAGCAUCUGCUUUCAGGUAAACGAUGUGCUGGCUUCCAUGCACAAGGAUGCUGGGGAGCGAGGGGAAGCGAAGACCAAUGUAAGGGAAUUCCUGCUUCGGGUCGACGGAGGCGCCACCGUCAAUAAUCUUCUUAUGCAAAUACAGGCUGAUCUAUUGGGGAGCCCCGUUGUUAGACCCGCAGAUGUCGAAACUACUGCACUUGGAGCAGCAUACGCAGCUGGAUUAGCUAUUGGUGUCUGGACCGAAGAACAGAUAUACUCAGCGGGGCACAAAGAAAAGACCACAGUCUUCCAUCCAAAAUUAGAUGAGGCUCACAGAAAGAAGAGGUCCGAGUCUUGGAACAAGGCUGUGUCUAGAACUUUUGAUUUGGCUGAUCUUUCCCUUUAGUUUAGAAUCACUGUUUCCACCUCGUAACUUUCAUCCGUAGGUGAUAAUACAUUUACUAGAUCUUGUUGAUUCUGAAUAAAUUAUUGUCAGAGAACUGAAUCCAUGUACAAGUUGUUUGAUGAUCUAUCUAUCUGCUCUUUAAUUUAAA